GUAGUUAUAUUUUACUAACCAAAUACCGAAAAAAACCGAACCGAACCGAAACCAACCCGAUAUCCGGAUUGAACACCCGUAAUCCAAAUGAAGUCAAACUAUUGUUUCAUUCUCCAAAAUAUAAUAAAAAUAAUAACUUAAUCCCGCGCAAGGCGCGGGUCUUAUCCUAGUUUUUUAUUAUUCUCGCAUAUAACGUAGACGAUUAUUAUAAGGAUAUUAUAAGGAUAUUAUUAUAGAGAUUAUUACUGACGAUCCACUAAUUUAGUACACAGUUGUUGACUAUAUAUAAGUAGUAGGUAUAACGUGGGAGAUUAAUAUAGUAGAAUAUUGUCAUAUCACUUAUUAAGUCUGAACCGAUCCACCAAUGUAGCCAGUCUUUAAUAGACUACAAAAUAGUAGACAUUUUUUUUUUUUUGUAAACUAUAAAAUAUAAAAUAGUAGACAUUGAUGGCACACUAUCAUAUUACAGACUUGUUUGACGAUUGAAGAGCUCUUUAAUGGCUACAUCUUACGUCCGGCUUCUGCUUCUUGUUCUCGCACCACUCCUCUUCUUACCGGCUUUGUACGCUGUUGAUUUUGGGUACUGCAAUAAAAAUGGAUACGAUUACGGUAACUUCAGUCGUGUAGAGAUCUCUCCGAACCCGGUUGGACCUGAAGACAACUACCUAAACAUUACUGUAUCUGGUUAUGCAAGCAAACAAUUGAACAAUGUAACUAUAGAAGUGUACGCUAAAUCAAAGAAAACUACUGACCUUCUAGGAGGAUACUCUAUCUGUAAGGUGGGUAAUGCAUGCGUAAUUAGAUCUGGCCUCUGUUUUAGUCCUGAAUGCCCUAUUGAAGCUGGCACCAAGUUUGUGUUACCUAUUCCCAAAGUUCAAGUGGAUGACCUUGAGGAUGACUUCAAAUAUGUCGUAUCUCUGCUUGAGGAUGAUCUCGUCAACUCUUCUGACUAUGAUGAAAAGUUUAUAUAAAGAAUGUGUGUUGACUUCGUUGUACCUAUGUCGGAUUCCACAUUGGACUCUGCUUAAUCAAGUCAGUGGGUGGAAAAUAUGUUAUCAAGCAUUUUUAUGAGUUUUUUUCGACAUACUCGCUUGUCUUCCCCCUUUCUUAAGUGUGUUUCCAAUAACUAAUACCGAGUUCUGGUACUUUAUGUUGUAAUUUUGGUUUGCUAAUACAAACAUUUCACUCCAAUGCACACUAGAUUAGAAAACAAUCGAACAAAAACAAAAUUGUAGACUCUACCUUUAGCUCGUUCAACCUAACAGCCUAUCACUUGAUAUCCACAAGUGUGUCAACCAAAAGUAAACAAAUUUAUAAAAUAACUCCUUUAUCAUGUGUUCCGACUAAAUAUAUUACUCAUGUAUGUAACUUAGUUCAAAAGAGUAUCUCGCAGAAUUUACUUUAAGCACUCUUUUAAUUUUUAUUUCAGUUGAACAUACUUUUCUCAUAUGACGAAACACGGUUCUAUUCUCAUGAGUUAUCAUGAUUUAAUAACUUUUCUUCCUAAAGCAGAGAAAACAACCAACGGUGCAUUGCACCAACGUCUUAACGUAUAAAACAAUACAACUAGAUUUAGACCAAAAACAAUACAACUAGAUCUCAAAUCAAUAUACCUAACAUUGAGGAAAUCUCGACCUUGUCCAUUUAAAAUAAAAAUUAAACUUACAAUGUAAAAAAAAUCAAUAAUAUAUUUCUCGCCGAGCAUACUACAA